AUGUUCACUUGUUGUGGUAGCGGUGAUCGUAAAGAAGUUUACGUACCCUUUGUCAAUGCCGAGGCUGUUAUUGGGAGAGUUGAUUUCUCGCCGGUUGUUUUUCACCCAGCUGUGCAUUCACAUUUUGUGGCUGCGUCAACCUUCGACAUGUCGUCGUUGAAAGCUGUGUCAACAAACAUUGGCCACAGUUCGCUGAUGCUUUGGUAAGAGUUUAGAUUUGCAUGACGCUAUAGAAAUCAAACUAAUUUCACUAAUUUUCAGCUUCAUGUUUGAUUGCUUGCACGGCGAUGUCGAAGAGCAAGUCUAUGUGCCGUUUGUCAAUUCGGAGGCUACGCAAGGACUUGUUGCAAUUUACCACAUCGAAACUUCAUGUUCGGUUAUUCGAAAUUGGGAAAAACCUGAAAUUCAAGCACAAUUAAUUCUCCAAUGUUUGAUUGUCAUUGAGCAACAACGUAGGACUUUGUGUCCAGGAUGUUUGAAGGUUAAAAAUCCUGAUUUGGUGAUUGGAACCAUCGACGUUGCAUCUGCAAUUAUCAGUGCGUUCCCCGAAUACCGUCAUCUCUGUUCUCUACAAAGUGAGUUGAUUUUUUGUGUUCCCACAAACAGUCAUACAAAGUUGUCGUUUUGCAGGUCUCAAAAACGACGUAGCCGGACUGGUGUUUUGUGAAGAGGCCCAAAUCAACAAAUAUCAAGCCAUUAAAAUGCGCCAUUGGAGUCCUACAACAUUCUGCAAACAAAUGAAAAUUGACAAGACUUGCAAGCUGUAUGUUGAAGUGGUUGGCGAGGAUCAAUCGAGAAUUUCCGUCGAUGAGAAAUCGAUCCAAGAAGGAGAACUUGAUACUGUUGAAGAGAUGGAGGAGGACCUGGAGGCCACAACACCCCCGGUGGAAACAAAUGAGCCAGGCUUUUGA